AUGGGCAAUGGCAUGAACAAGAUCCUCCCAGGACUCUUCCUCGGGAACUUCAUAGAUGCCAAGGACCUGGAUCAGCUGAGCCGGAACAACAUCACCCACAUUGUUUCCAUCCACGAAUCCCCACAGCCAUUUAUUCCGGGAAUCACUUACCUUCGCAUUGCUCUGCCAGACACUCCAGAAGCCAACAUCAAGAAGCACUUCAAAGAAUGUAUUAAUUUUAUCCACUCCUGCCGCCUGCGUGGGGGAAACUGCCUGGUCCAUUGCCUUGCCGGGAUCUCUCGGAGCACCACCAUUGUCCUGGCCUACAUCAUGGCAGUGACGCAGCUCAGCUGGCGUGAAGCGCUGGAGGCCGUCAAGGCCGUGCGGCCUGUCGCAAAUCCUAACCCGGGUUUCCGCCAUCAGCUGGAGGAACACGGGUGCAGCCGCUCAGCGCAGAAGGCCCAGCGGCGACUUGGGCGCAAAUACGGAGCAUCCCCUUUUAACGACGAGGAGGACCUUAGAGCCCUGCUCCCCUCUGGCAAAAGGUGCGAUGCCUCCAGGGCUGCCGGGACUCCACAGACUCUGGUGCCAAAGAGCAGAAGUGCAAAGCAGACGGAUCCGUUCCUGCUGCGCGUCAAGCAGACCUUCUCCUGCCUCCCUGGGUGCCUGAAAUGAGACCUCCACUAAGAAAACGCACUGGACUAGCCGAGGCCAAAACCAGGCAAGGGAUACUCCAUCCACU